UCUCAUUAGGCCAGACUACCUCUCCUUAUACUGCGCUCGAUGGACUCACCCAGGCGCGCGCGCAAUCGUGCCGCCUGUAGACGCUGCCAGCGUCGCAAGAUCCGCUGCGAUGGCAUCACCCCUACCUGUGGCGCAUGCCAGAAAUCGGGCGUCGCUUGCGUCAACGAUGGGAAGCAGGAAGUGCAUCGCUCGUACAUUGCGAAUAUGGAAAACAGGAUUAAGUGGCUGGAGUCGAUCGUCCGUGAAAAGUGCUCGAAUGUCGACCUGAGCAAUGGCCCAGAGCGGCACUCCGAGACCCUAGACGAGUCAAUCAUGGAAGAGAGCAUGCAGCAGAACCAUGCAUCUCCGCAAGAUUUACAGCAGGCUCCCAAUGAAUCGAGCCAAGCCACCCUGCCGACGCCCGAUCAGUCAAUGUCUCAAGCUACUGCUGUCGUGGCGGAGACAAGCGCAGCCGCCCUACCCACCCCCGACCAGUCGAUCUCGCAUCAUGCCCCAAUGCAGGACGAGCCACACCAAGCCCACGAGAUCGGACUGGUGUCCCUCUCCCGGGGGAGUGAUCCCCGUUACAUCGGCCCUUCGAGUGGGUACUUCUUCGCCAAGCGCAUCUUCUCGAACACAGGGUGGCGCGGUAGGCAGGAAUCCACUGCCAGCGGCAAUCUAUCCCACCUGCCCGUCGAGUUGCUGAACCCACCAGCCCCGCUGCCACCAGAGAAGGAGGUCGCUGUCGAGCUCUCAACCACCUACUUCCGAACCGUCCAUCUCCUGUACCCAUUCCUACACGAGCAGCGCCACCUGGAGCUGCUGAAUGACGUGUACAGCGCUCCGGAGGAAAACCCAACCAGCACGUUUCAGGUGUAUAUGGUUCUAGCGAUCGCGUCACUGAACCUUUCCCGCCAAUGCAAGCUCCAGCUCCCGGUGGAAGGCUACUACGCGUCGGCCAUGAAGUACGUGGACUACGUUUGCCACGAUGGGUCAAUGGCCGCGCUACAGUGCUUGUUGCUGCUCAUGGUCUACGCUUUGUAUAACCCCUCUUGCAACGUCAACAUCUGGAAUCUGAACUACCAGUGCCUGGCGAGCGUGAUAGACUUGGGGUUACAACGCGAUGUUCGCGCGUCUCCGUCUUACCAGAUUUCGCUGUUCACCCAAGAGAUGCGGACACGGGUGUUCUGGGUGGCGUACACAUUUGACCGCACAGUCUGCACCAUGAUGGGUCGUCCAAUCGGACUCAGGGACGAAGCGUGUGAAAUACGGUUCCCCCUGGACAUACCCGACAGCAACCUCAUGAAUCGCACCGCCAACCAGCCCAUAUCGCUGGAAGCGCCCUCCCACAUGUCCUACUCAAUCCACCUUUUCAAACUGGCGCAGCUCAAUUCCGAGAUCAAAUACGUCAUGCACAGCAUCUGCCGCGACGCGCCCGCCUACGCAUACCCGCCCGUGAAGGACAUCUUCGCCUGGCAGCGGGACAUGAUACGAUCCCUGCAGGAGUGGCAGUCCGCCGUGCCGCAGCCCCCACGGGACCAAGACACCGGGAUGACCGCGUACUGCCACGCCAAGUACCACGAGACGAUGGUGCUCCUCCUGCGGCCCAGCCCGGCGAUCCCCGCGCCCGCCCCGGAGAUGCUGGAUCUGUGCGUCCAGCACGCCUUCAUGCUGCUGCAGUGCUUCGGCGAUCUGUACGACGCCGGCCGACUGCUGUACAGCCGGCUGGCCGUGCACGCCGUCUUCCUGGGGACGCUCGUCCUCCUGCACGGGAUCUGGAAGGUGCCGGAGACGGCGACGCGGUUCCGCAUGGACGAACUGAUUCGCCGGCUCAACACCGCGCAGAGCAUCUUGAGCAGUAUCGGCGAGCACUGGGCGGAGGCCGCCAGCGCGCGGGACUGCAUCGCCCAGCUGUCCAACGUGACAGUGCAGCGGCUGCUCAAGAGCCAGGCCGGCCCCGGCGAGACCGCGUCGUCGCCGGUGCGCCAUCGCCUGCGGGACCCUGGCGUCCUGGCGGCCCAGCUGCAGCAUGUUGACCCGAGGAUUGCUCCGUCUCCGCCGUCGGAGUUUUUGAACCUGUUCGACGACCUGCUGCGGUGCGAUUUCCAGGGCUGGAGCGGGGUCUCGGAUCUAGAUGGGUUGAUUCGAGAGAUAUUCAGUAGCUCUCAGCAUGAGAGCUGA